AUGGCUGGGCGCAUGGUCUUGUACAAGCUCGUGGUCCUGGGCGAUGGCGGCGUCGGCAAGACGGCCCUGACCAUCCAGCUGUGUCUGCAACACUUUGUCGAAACUUACGACCCGACAAUUGAAGACUCGUACCGCAAGCAGGUCGUCAUAGACAACCAGCCAUGCAUGCUCGAGGUGCUCGACACGGCCGGCCAGGAAGAGUACACGGCCCUCCGCGACCAGUGGAUCCGCGACGGCGAGGGCUUCGUCCUCGUCUACAGCAUCUCUUCUCGCUCCUCCUUUACCCGCAUCAAGCGCUUCCACCACCAGAUUCAGCGCGUCAAGGAGUCCCCCCAGAUGCCCGUCCCCGUCAUGCUCGUCGGCAACAAGAGCGACCGAGUCACGGAGCGCGAGGUGUCGACGCAAGAAGGCCACGCCCUCGCCCGCGAGCUCGGCUGCGAAUUCGUCGAGGCCUCGGCCAAGAACUGCAUCAAUGUCGAAAAGGCCUUUUACGACGUCGUCAGGAUCCUGCGCCGCCAACGCCAGCAGGUGUCGCGCCCUCCGGCCGGCUCCAGCGGCCGCUCUCGCACUGGCAACGGCGACGCCGGCGGCCGAGAGCGCGAGUCCCCCCGCUACCGGCGCAGCAAAGACGGCGAAAAGAGCAAAUCAAAGUGCGUGGUAUUAUGA